UUAAAAAGGGUGUUAGGUUGCAUUAAUAUAUAAAUAUAUGUGCGUAUAUAUAAACAGAGAUCUGGUCACCAGAGAUGGAUUGAGAAUCAGAACUGAGCCAAAGAAUCCAAGUCCGCCCCCCACCAAUGGCAGUGAAAAAAUGUGAAGAGGCAGAAGAAGCUCCAAUUAAAAAUGAUGUUGCAAUUAUCUUAGGAGCAACUGGGCUUGUCGGAAAGGAACUUGUCAAGAAGCUACUUUCAAAAUCUAGAUGGAAGGUUUAUGGCAUAGCCAGAAAACCUGAGAUCACACCAAUCCAAAACCCCAAUUACCAUUUCAUCUCAUGUGACCUCCUCAACCCUCUCCAAACCCAACAAAAGCUCUCUAUUCUAACAGAUGUCACUCAUGUGUUCUGGGUCACAUGGGCUAGCCAAUUCCCCUUAGACAGCCAAGACUGUUAUGAGCAGAACAAGGCCAUGAUGUCCAAUGCCUUGGAUGCUCUCCUCCCUACAGCCAAGUCCUUAAAGCAUUUCUCUCUCCAAACGGGGACUAAGCAUUAUGUGUCACUGCAACCGCCUUUCGACACAAAAGAAGAAACGUGUUACUAUGAUGAAGACAGCCCAAGAGCAAGUAGAGGCUACAAUUUUUACUAUGCUUUGGAGGACUUGUUGAAGGAGAGGUUGGGGGGCAGGGUGGCUUGGUCAGUCCACCGGCCCGGUUUGAUCAUGGGUAGUUCUCAGAGGACAUUGUUCAAUUUCAUGGGUAGUUUGUGUGUUUAUGGAACAAUUUGCAAGCAUUCGAAUCUCCCCUUUGUGUUUGGAGGGACAAGGGAGUGUUGGGAAGAGAUGCAUAUUGAUGCAUCGGAUGCCCGAUUGGUGGCUGGGCAGCACAUUUGGGCAGCUACCAAUGAGGAAACAUAUUCCAGUGAUGGACAAGCAUUCAAUGCUAUCAAUGGACCGAGUUUCGCUUGGAAGGAUAUAUGGGCAGCUAUUGGGAUGAAAUUUGGAUUGAAAGUAGUUUCUGAAAACUUGUUUUCGGAGGAUUUUAUGUUUUCGACAGCAAUGGCAGACAAGGGAGAGGUUUGGAAAGGGAUUGUGGAGAAGGAGGGGUUGAUUCAGACAGGUAUUGAGGAUUUGGCUAACUGGGUAUUCCUGGACAUGUUGUUCAGGUGCCCCUUGAAAAUGUUGGGGACAAGAGAGAAAGCUGAUCGGAUGGGUUACACAAUGAGGUGUGAUGCAUUGGAUUCAGUACUGUAUUGGAUUGAUGAAAUGAGAGAGGAGAGACUGAUUCCAUGAAAAGAGCUUCGACUUCAUAUGGAGAAGAAAGAAUGUGGUGGUGCACCACAAAGUAGUUCCUUGAGGAAAAUAAAAUAGUAGAAAAGUUCUUUGAAUGCUCUGUAUUGUUUCUUUCUUUAUUUUUUUAAUGGACAUACGGUUAAGUUUAGCUCA